AACCAAUUCAGCCCACAACUACAACAACCUGACUGCAGUUGUAUCCUCGCUUCCAAUUUGCGCCAACACUAGUUGUACUCAAAACCCACGCGCAUGCGCAUACUUGAAGUAUGGCGACGCCGAACCCCAUACAAAACGCUCCCAUGCCACCAGAACAACGCUUAGCCCUCGAACAACAAGAGCGCUACCAACGUAUAACACGCAACUUAGCUAUCAGUGGUCUGGUUGUAUGUCCCAUCAUCGCGCUCCUUCCUCCUCGAAAACUGGACAUGUACACUUUCUCCCUGGGAGUGGCCUUCUACUUAUCCGCCGACCACCUCACUGCCCUUCGUACAGGCCGCGGUCUCGUCCAAAACAUGUCCCCCUGGGGAGCAGUAGAUUUGCCUACCGAGCGUGCCAAGGAAGUUCAAAGAAUACUACGAGAAGAGCGCGAGAAGAGCCGGAAGAUGUUUGAAAGGAACGAGGGGCAGGAGAAGGGUAUACUGAGUAAACUCUGGAUGGGAGACGAGGAAGAGGGUUGGAAGGAGAAGCGACUGGAAGAGGAGAGGAAGGCACUGGAGGAAGGUAAGGGCUACGGGGAGCUGAUAAUUGAACAAAUUUGGGAUGUGUGGAAUUGGAAUAAGAAGAAGGGAAAAGAGGACGACGGGAAAAAGGAGUAAAUGUCACUCCGAUCCAUAAUAGUCUGUCUUUUCUGUAUACUACAGCAUGUACAUUAUGAUCUUGGGAGUUGGCUGCUCCAAGAGCAGGGUGUUCGGGGAUGGUUUUCUCUACGAAGCGAUGAGCCAUCUACGUGCACGAUUUCCAAAA